AAAUUCAAAGGAAACAAUUUCGAGUUAUUUAGAAAAGGAAAAAGUUGAGAAAAGAAAAAAUGCAGUCAGCUAAGGACAUGGCAGCUUCAGCCAAAUCUGGCAUGGAGAAAACCAAGGCCACGCUCCAAGAAAAGGGCGAGAAGAUGACAAGUCGCGAUCCUCUCCAGAAGGAAAUGGCGACAGAGAAGAAAGAGGAAAGGGUCGACGAGGCGGAGCAGCAGAAGCGCGAAGCCCAGCGCCGCAAUGAUGCUAACACCGGCAGGACACCUGAUUACACGGCGGAGGAAACGGAAAUCGGCGGCGGGCAUCACGGCCGCGGCACUUAUUAGUGUAGAUGUUGUAAUCUAGUAAUAAUGGAAAAAUAAAUGGGUCGAUGCGUCUAUGUGACCAUCGCUUGCUUCUCUUGUAGUAUUUUUUAUAUUUUGUAAUGAAUUUUCUGUGUGAUUUUUAUAUAUUUACCCUUGCUGAGAC